AUGAGCUCUCCUGCUUCGACCAUUAGAGCCUACCCUGGAAUUCUCCUCGACAAUGCCUACAAGUUCUAUGCUGUGUGGCGCACCACUUUCAAACAAGCCGCCGUGACCACAGGUUUCUUCUCCCUCUACACCUACGAGACCUACUGCCACCCGCGCAUCGAAACCGACGCCUACACUAUCAGCCAAGCCAAAGUCCAACAGUGGCGUAUGGACGUGGUGGAGAGGCGCGUCGUCGUGGAGGCGAUGAACGAGCACGAUGGGUGGGUGACGAAAGGCGAGGAUAGGCGGAUGUUGGAGGAGAAAGGGGUGACGUCAGGCGUCGUCACUCACCCGUCGUGCUCGUUCAUCAUUUCCACGACGACGUGGUGGAGCCUCUCCACCAUCGACAAUGCCUUUCCAAACCCACCUCUCAACUACCAAGUCAUCAAUUCCGACUACCUCAACCACACCGACGCGUCCUCCACCUUAUGCUCUCGGGUGAUUCCAACGUGGUGGUCGCUCUUUGGGAGGGAGAUCAGUUUGAAGCUUGAAAAGAUGAUAGGCGACGCACUUGUCAUAGGAAAGUUGAUGAAAGGCGUCAGCGGUAAUGGCAUGGAGUGGAGGCAGCAGAGAGUUGUCCACUUUGGAAGAGGCGGGAGGGAGUGGGACGACGCCUACGAACACUUUCGCCUCCUAGCCAUUACAACCUUCAAGUCCGGCAUCAACACCCUCCAGCACCUUCCGCCUACUGAUAUCGGUAAUCUACAAGCCGAUAACGCCAAGAAAUUCGGUCGCAUCGUCGGACCCAAGUACUCUACCAAUACCAUAUUUUCCAACGCCUACUCGCCUGCUUAG